UUGAGUCUGAUAACCCCAGCCUCGCCCAAUCGCAGCCCCCGCCAGCCCGAUUACCCCCGGUUUGGGCAUGCCGAUCCCUUAUUCCCGAAAAUAACCUUCCAGAUCUGAGAUCGAUCCCAGGCACACCGUCAGCCACCGCUCCAUGUCCUCACACGGCUUGCCACCUCCAUUGACCUCUGUCCUGCCUCCCGUGAGCUGCGCGUCUCCGCGCAACACUCGCCUCGUCUCGCGCGAGUGCAAAGGCGACGCACCCAGUUACCUGCGCACGACCAUAUGGCCAAUCACUCCGCCGCAUGCUCUGCACUUGCAUCCUCGCACCGGGUGUGCAUUCUUGCGCGCCUUCGACGCCACCCCGUCCAUAUGCCCGCCGCACGUCUGCCCCUGUCUACACCAAGUCUACACUCCGUUCAUAAGCACAGCCGACAUAUACAGCGCGGUGUUCGAUUUGCAGACGAACAAGUCGUACACUGUGUCUGAUUUCUUCUGUCGCGGUGGAGGCGAUUCAGGGUGCCAUGUCUCCCGUCGGCUCUUCUGGCUCGCCUUGCGUACGUUAAGAGCCUGUUCCGCCCCGUCUUCUCCUCUGCACCUGAUCGCCGUCCUGUCGUUUCUCUGCCUUCUCACGUUGGCUGUCAUCCAUGCGAUGGGCGCGCCCUGUGCAGCCGCGUCUAUAAAGAAAGCAGCUGAUGACCAUGCACCCUCCGGUUCGAGUCGAGGCUUGCUCCUACUAGACAUCGCACUGCCCAACGCCCGUGUCCCCCGGACCGACGGUCGAUGCUCUGCUGUUGACGGUCUGGAUGACUAAUGUGAGCCGUGGCCAGGCACGUCGGUCAGUGUGGGCGCCGUAUUUGACAUCCGCCGCCGCCGCCGCUCCCCGAAUAUGUCGGAUGGCUCCGGCGCAGCUCCCUCCAGAGUCGGUCUCAACCACCCCGGCCGGCGCAGCCAACGGCGCAAGUCCUCGAACGCUCAUCGACACCCGGUGCGCAGCUCGUACGUCUGUUCCCUGUGUGGCACGGCCUGCGCGACGCGCGCGACGGCUGCAGC